GUGUGUGUGUGUGUGUGUGUGUGUGUGUGUGUAUGCACGUGGAAGCCAGAGGAUCACCAAAUGAGUCAUUUUUCAUGAACCAUCUCGAGUGUGUUCUUUUAUUUGGCCCAAGACGUGACUUUACUAUGUAGCCAAACUGGCCUCAGUGUCACCAAACUCUCACCCCACCAACCUCUCACCCCACCUCCUGAGAUUACAGGCUCCCACUACACUUGACUGAUGCUGGAGCAUUCUUGUAGCAUUUUUUUUUUCCAAGACAGGGUUUCUCUGGGUAACAACAGCCCUGGCUGUCUUGGAACUCACUCUGUAGACCAGGCUGGACUUGAACUAACAGAGAUUCACCUGCCUCCGCCUCCCGAGUGCUGGGAUUAAAGGCGUGAGACACCGCCACCGCCAGGCUCCUUACAGGAUUUUAAUAAUUCUACUGGUUUAAAGUUUUUCCCUAAAGAUUGCAUAUGAGUUGGGAGGAGAGGGUGACAGGAAGAGAGAGUAAUUAUGCGAGAGAUGAAAUAGGACACUUUAAUAUGAACUACACAGUGAAGGGGCAAAUGAACAUCCUGUACCUGUAGACUGGAUACCACCAACCAAGGAGUGGGGAGGGACUGCAUCAGUUACAAGCCUGGAAAGAUCACUCAGCAGUUCAAAACCUUACAUAUUGGUCAGUCCCCAGCACCCACGUGGUGGCUCACAAUCGUGUGUAACUCCUGUUCUAGGGGUUCUGAUGCCUCUUCUGACCUCCAUCGGCCCCUGCACACAUGUAGUUCACAUACAUAGACUCAGGCACACACACAUACAUAUAAAAUAAAACAAUUGUUUUGAUACAGGGUCUAUUGUAGCCCUGGUUGUCCUGGAACUCUCUAGGUAGAGCAGACUGACUUCACACAAAGAUCCACCUCUGCUUCCUUGUGCUGGGAUUAAAGGCCAUUACACCCAGAUAUAAAUAUUUUUUUACAAUUAAAAUUGAAGCAAUUAUAUGUUUGCUGUCUCCCAACCUAUAAGUAGUAAAUGGAGUGAUGGUUUAUAAUCAUGGAAAACAAAACAUCCUGAUGGUCCUCAAAUUUUCCACCUAGCUUUAGUAUCCGUGGAUGAUUCUUUUUUUAUUUUUUAUUCUUUUUGGUUUUUCGAGAUAGGGUUUCUCUGUGUAACUCCUGAAACUCACUCUGUAGACCAGUGUGGCCCUGAACUCAAGAGAUUCACCUGCUUCCACCUCCAGAGCGCCGGGAUUUAAGGUGUGUGCCACCACCGCCCAGCUCCAAGGAUGAUUCUUACCUGAUUCAAUUUUUGCAGAGACAACUGAAAAAUAAAUAAAGUUUUAAUUUCCACGUGUAAAUCUAAAACCUGACAUUUUGCACGCGGUACGGACCUGAUUCUAUCACUUUACCUCCGUGUGUGUUCAGCUAAGCAGCUCUGCCUGUCUGUCUGGAGGCGGCACAGAUCUUACCCAAGAGAACAGGAGGGACUAUCAUCCUCCAUCAGCCCGCCCCUCUCUGCUUGAUUAAAAGAUCCUAAUCGGCUUGGUGAGAUUAGGGGCUGCAGAGGGCUGUUCCCACACCCCCGCCCUGGGCUGGGCUGCCAGGGGAGACUGAAGGGGCAUCGACCUGUGACCCCUUAGCCAGGUCCCAGCCCGAGACUUCCCGAAGAGGGCAAUGACCGCGUGGCUCCUGCCAGCGGGUGGGCUUCCCGACGCCGGCUUCUGCGUCCCUGCGUGGCAGUCCUGGUCCAGCCUUUCGCGGGUCCUGUGCUGGCCAGGGCCUCGGCUGCGCGGACUCCUGCUCCUGCUGCUGCUCCCGCCGCCUGCUGCCCUCUCGGCCGUGUUCAAAGUGGGGGUCCUGGGCCCCUGGGCUUGCGACCCCAUCUUCGCCCGGGCCCGUCCUGAUCUGGCUGCGCGUCUGGCCGCUAACCGCCUGAACCGUGACCUUGCCCUAGACGGCGGCCCCCGGUUCGAGGUCGCGCUGCUCCCAGAGCCUUGCCUGACCCCGGGCUCUCUAGGGGCUGUGUCCUCCGCGCUGGCUCGAGUCUCUGGCCUGGUGGGUCCGGUGAACCCCGCAGCCUGCCGGCCAGCCGAACUGCUAGCCCAGGAGGCUGGAGUAGCUCUCGUGCCCUGGGGCUGCCCAGGCACGCGGGCGGCGGGUACUACAGCCCCGGCGGUGACCCCCGCUGCAGAUGCCCUCUACGCCCUCCUUAGAGCAUUCCGCUGGGCGCGCGUGGCCCUGAUCACCGCGCCCCAGGACCUGUGGGUGGAGGCGGGACGUGCUCUGUCCACAGCACUCAGGGCGCGGGGCUUGCCAGUUGCCCUAGUGACCUCCAUGCAGCCCUCAGACCUGUCUGGAGCUCGGAAGGCCCUCCGGAGGAUCCGGGACGGGCCUAGAGUUAGAGUAGUGAUCAUGGUGAUGCACUCGGUGCUGCUGGGCGGCGAGGAGCAGCGCUACCUACUGGAAGCUGCAGAAGAGCUGGGCCUAGCUGAUGGCUCUCUGGUCUUCCUGCCCUUCGACACGCUUCACUACGCGCUGUCUCCAGGCCGGGAGGCUCUGGCUGCUCUGGUCAACAGCUCCCAGCUUCGCAGAGCUCACGAUGCGGUGCUCACACUCACGCGCCACUGUCCUCCGGGAGGCAGCGUGCAGGACAGCCUGCGCAGGGCCCAAGAGCACCAGGAGCUGCCCGCUGACCUCGACCUGCAGCAGGUCUCUCCACUGUUUGGAACCAUCUAUGAUGCUGUCUUCCUGUUGGCUGGGGGAGUGACAAGAGCCAGAGAAGCUGUGGGUGGUGGCUGGGUGUCCGGUGCAUCUGUGGCCCGCCAAGUUCAGGAAGCCCAAGUCUCUGGCUUUUGCGGGGUCCUGGGAAGAACCGAGGAGCCCUCCUUUGUGCUGCUGGACACAGAUGCGUCAGGAGAUCGGCUCUUCACCACACAUCUGCUGGAUCCUAUCCGAGGCUCUAUACGCCCCGCUGGGCCCCCUGUGCACUUCCCUCGAGGUGGACCUGCGCCUGGGCCAGAUCCUUCCUGCUGGUUUGAUCCAGAUGUGAUCUGCAACGGAGGAGUGGAGCCAGGCCUGGUCUUCAUUGGCUUCCUCCUGGUGAUCGGGGUGGGACUGACCGGAGCCUUCCUGGCUCAUUACCUGAGGCACAGGCUGCUACACAUGCAAAUGGUCUCCGGCCCCAACAAGAUCAUCCUGACUCUGGAAGAUGUUACCUUCCUUCACCCACCAGGGGGCAGCUCUCGGAAGGUGGCCCAGGGCAGUAGAUCAAGUCUGGCUACCAGGAGCACAUCAGACAUUCGCAGUGUCCCCAGCCAGCCCCCAGAGAGCAGCAACAUUGGCCUUUAUGAGGGAGACUGGGUUUGGCUGAAGAAAUUUCCAGGGGAUCAUCAUAUGGCCAUCAGGCCAGCAACCAAGACAGCCUUCUCCAAGCUGCGGGAGCUCCGGCAUGAGAAUGUGGUUCUCUACCUGGGGCUAUUCCUGGCGGGGACACCUGACAGCCCUGCCGCCCCUGGGGAGGGCAUCUUGGCUGUGGUCUCAGAGCACUGUGCUCGGGGCUCCCUCCAUGACCUCCUUGCCCAGAGAGACAUAAAGCUGGACUGGAUGUUCAAGUCUUCUCUCCUGUUGGACCUCAUCAAGGGAAUGAGGUAUCUGCACCAUCGCGGUGUGGCCCACGGGAGGCUUAAGUCUCGGAACUGCGUGGUGGACGGCAGGUUCGUGCUCAAGGUGACAGAUCAUGGCCACGGGCGACUGCUGGAAGCGCAAAGGGUGUUACCGGAACCUCCCAGUGCGGAGGAUCAGUUAUGGACAGCCCCAGAGCUGCUUCGGGACCCAGCCCUGGAGCGACGGGGAACACUAGCUGGGGAUGUCUUUAGCCUGGGCAUCAUCAUGCAGGAGGUCGUGUGCCGCAGCACCCCCUAUGCUAUGCUGGGGCUCACACCCGAGGAGGUGAUCCAGAGGGUACAGAGCCCUCCCCCUCUGUGUCGGCCCUUGGUGUCAAUGGACCAGGCACCCAUGGAGUGCAUCCAGCUGAUGACGCAGUGCUGGGCAGAGCAGCCCGAACUUCGGCCCUCAAUGGACCACACCUUUGACCUGUUCAAGAGCAUCAACAAGGGCCGGAAGACGAACAUUAUCGACUCCAUGCUUCGGAUGCUGGAGCAGUACUCCAGUAACCUGGAGGACCUGAUCCGAGAGCGCACAGAGGAGUUAGAGCAGGAGAAGCAGAAGACAGACAGGCUGCUCACGCAGAUGCUGCCUCCAUCUGUGGCUGAGGCCCUGAAGAUGGGGACAUCUGUGGAGCCUGAGUACUUUGAAGAGGUGACGCUCUACUUCAGUGACAUCGUGGGCUUCACCACCAUUUCGGCCAUGAGUGAGCCCAUUGAGGUGGUAGACCUACUCAAUGACCUCUAUACGCUCUUUGACGCCAUCAUUGGGGCCCACGAUGUCUACAAGGUGGAAACAAUCGGCGAUGCCUAUAUGGUGGCCUCCGGGCUGCCACAAAGGAAUGGGCAGCGGCAUGCCGCAGAGAUUGCCAACAUGUCACUAGACAUCCUCAGUGCGGUAGGCUCUUUCCGCAUGCGCCAUAUGCCUGAGGUACCAGUGCGCAUCCGCAUUGGCCUGCACUCAGGUCCAUGCGUGGCUGGCGUGGUGGGCCUCACCAUGCCUCGGUACUGCCUGUUUGGGGACACAGUCAACACAGCCUCACGAAUGGAGUCCACGGGGCUACCUUACCGCAUCCACGUGAACAUGAGCACUGUUCAGAUUCUUUGUGCUCUGGACCAGGGCUUCCAGAUGGAGCGGCGAGGCCGCACAGAGCUGAAGGGCAAGGGUGCUGAGGACACGUACUGGCUUGUGGGCAGACAGGGUUUCAACAAGCCCAUCCCCAAACCACCGGAUCUGCAGCCAGGGGCCAGCAACCAUGGCAUCAGCCUGCAGGAGAUCCCCCCAGAGAGGCUCAGGAAGUUGGAGAAAGCCAGGCCGGGCCAGUUCACUGGGAAGUGAGGCUCCCUGGGAACAGGAUUAUCCUGCAAGGCCCUUUCUGAAGUUGCUGCUGUACCUGGGACUGACGCCUGAGGCUUCUGUCCACUUCUGCCUCCAAGGACUCUGAGCCAGGAGUCUGCUGCAAACCAGCAAUGUGACCUUGGGAAGAUCUGAAGUGCUGUUCAGGCUCCCCUUGGUGGUAGAAUGAGGGGGGGCUAAGUGGUUUCCACCACGCUGUGACCCUUACAGUGGCCUUUAGAGUGACUGGCCUUGGGACUCAGGACACUGUGGCAUAGGGCCUCCAGCUCCAGCUCCAAGGACCCUGAGCUCUUUGGGGGUUGCAGAAGUGGAGGGUUCUCCACUCUCUGGGUCCUGUGAGACACCAGAAGCAGGGAUCUGGGGUCAGAAACCCCAGGGGCAUGGAGGCCUCAUGUUCUACAGGGCAGGGGUCAUCAUGCAGCCUGGAAAGACCAGGUCUUCUGUUAACCUCCAUCUUAUUCCCUCUACUCUCCAUCGCUCACUGGUAAGAAACUGGCUCCUGCUCCAAUGGGCAGAACCAAAUCACUUGCCCAAGUGCAGAGAAAAGCUUGCUUUGAUGCUCCAUGGGAGGGAAAUCAGCUGCAUCAAACUUUGCUAGCCAGAAUAAUGGCAGAUGGAUAGUUUAUUAUCUGCUCAUCUGGGUGUUGGUGAAUUGGUAGUUGAAAAAAACAAAUUUCUCCUGAGGUCUUUGCAGCCAACGUCCACACCUAGUCCUGGCCAAUCCCCAGCUGAAGUUUCCUUUGUGGAACACUGAGGUGCCGAUGCCUGGGCUUUGGCAAGUUUGACUCUUGCUGUCUCUGUCGUUGGCACAGAUUCUGGAGGAUGUUGGCAGCAGACACCCAGUAGGUAGUGAGUGUCCAGGACCUGGCAAUGUGCAAACGGAACUGGAGACGAUGUUGACAGAGUCUGAAAGAUGAAAUAAGUCCUCACUAAGAGAGGCACAGCUGGUAUGCCAGCAGCACUGGCAUCACCUGGGAGACUGUUAGGCACACAGAGCCUCAGUCCUACACCCACGGUAUCAAGUCUGGGGCAGGGGCAGGUGUGGUAGCACACACACACCAUCAAUGCUAGCACUGAACAGGCAGAGACAGAUGGAUCUCUGAGAGUUUGAAGCUAGUCUGCUAUACACAAUGAGUUCCCAGCUAGCCAGGACUGCCAGUAAGAACCUGUCUAAACAAAAACAACUGUGUAUAGUUAUAUAUGUAAUGCAUAAUCUAGGGCUGGAGAGUUAGCUCAGUGGUUAAGAACACUUGUUGGUUUUCCAGAGGAUCAAGGUUUGAUUCCCAAGACCCACACAGAGGCUAGCAAUGGUUGAUAACUCCAGUUCUAGGGGAUCUGACACCCUCUUUUGGCCUCUGCAGGCCCUGGGAAUGUAUGUGGUUUACAGACACACAUGCAAACAAAACACCCACACACGUAAAAUAAUUUUUAAACAAUCUAAAAAUAUUUUAACUUUCUUU